AUGAUCAUGAAAGCUGAACAGCGUGGUCAAAUUAAGCCGGGUGAUACGUUGAUCGAGGCGACGAGUGGAAAUACUGGGAUUGCGUUGGCAAUGGUCGCCGCAAUGCGUGGUUAUAAAAUGAAAUUGAUCAUGCCAGGGAACUCUAGCCAAGAGCGUAAAGAUGCAAUGCGUGCCUAUGGCGCUGAAUUGAUCGAAGCAACCAAUAUGGAGGUUGCGCGUGAUAUGGCUUUGCAAAUGCAAAGUGAAGGCCAAGGUUUAGUAUUAAAUCAGUUUGGCAAUCCAGACAAUGUAGAAGCACACUACCUGACCACAGGUCCUGAAAUUUGGCAACAAACCGCAGGGAAAAUCACCCAUUUCGUGAGCUCUAUGGGCACAACGGGCACGAUCAUGGGGAUCUCUAAAUAUUUAAAAGAACAAAAUCCAGAUAUUCAAAUUAUCGGAUUACAACCUUCAGAAGGUUCAAAUAUUGCGGGUAUUCGUCGUUGGCCUCAAGAAUACUUACCGACUAUUUUUGAUCCAAGCCGUGUCGAUCAGAUCAUGGAUAUUCCGCAAAUUGAAGCAGAAAAAACCGCACGCCGUUUAGCACGUCAAGAAGGCAUUAGUGCUGGGACUUCUUCAGGUGGUGCUGUAUGGGCAUCGGUUAAAAUUGCUGAAGAAAAUCCAGACGCAGUGAUUGUCUGUAUUGUCUGUGACAGAGGUGAUCGUUAUCUUUCUACAGUUUUUGAUAUCGAAACCCUGACCGAUCUUAAGUCUGGGGCGCAUUUAUAUGGCUUGGAUUUACCACAGGACGAUUUAGAACAGGCGUUGGCAAAACUACGCCGUCAAGAAUCGGGGAUGGAUUUUCAGCGCUUGGCUUUACAUGAAAUUACAUCCAACACUCGUGAGCUGGAAUGGCUCACAAACAGAUACCACAACCGUCAUGUUGACUUAAUGGAUGUCAUGGCGAUGUUUAAUGGACGUCAUUUCCAGAAAUUGGAUGAUGUUGCACAUUUAUUGGGUUAUCCCGGUAAACGUGAUGGGCUUUGCUUAAAGGUCAGAUUUCUUUACAAGAUCACCGUUUAUGGAUUCAAGCCUCGAUUCAUUAUUUGCAAGGACAAGCUCAACAACAUGAGUUUUUAA